UCAGGUCCUGCAUUCGAGAUGACAUAGCUUCUGCUGCUGGUACAGACUGACCCUCAGUCUGCUUUGAUUGUCUGGUGUCUACAUGCUCCUUCGACACGCUGCAUCCUCUCUCUCGUUCUCACGCCUUUCGCGAAUGUUUUCCUUUGUCACUUCCAGUAAGAUGCUACUCCCUAUUCAUGUCAGCUUUCCAUUCUACAUGUUCAUUUCAAGACUCGUCUCUUUUCCGACCCCGUCUGUUGAGCCGCUGCAUAAUUUAACGGUCAUCGUCACCACCGUAUCGUCCCCGCUCUGGAUCGCGCCCUCACUACGAGGUCCCACACCACCAUCACGGCCAGCUUCACCAAGGCGAUACUCAACACCAAGAUCACCUCGGCCUUUCUCAACGGCUCAUCCUUUUCUCGGGGACUCAAGUAUCAACGACCAGAGAUAUAAAGGGACCUGGGGUGGUGUUCUUCCAUCAAGUCAUUCAGAUCGAAUAGCCCAGCGUAGCACCACCAGUUAUCUUUCUUGCUUUCUUUGCUUUUCUCGCGAUGCCACUAUAGGCUUAUCAUUCAUUUCUUCGCUUCGGCGGUCUUUCGCGGUGUGUUGGCUUCGGCCGUUUUCAGUAUUUACAUUCGCUUCGGCGGGCUUCCAUUCCUUCUUCCUGAAUAUAGCAUAGCCUUACCACAUAGUUCGGAGUAAAGUAUUAGCAUGUUGUGGGGCCCUUCACCUGCUCGGAUCUUCGCAUUGGCUCCUAGCCUGUAGCAUCUUCGCUGCUCAAUCUCUACUUUUGAAGGAGUGUAUGUGCACGCUGGCGGAGCCACACACACACACACACACACACACACAUACGCAGCCUUUCAGCGCGCUCUGCUGUUGUUGUCCCGCAGAAAGGAGCAAACGCGUUAUGGUCGCAAUUCUUGCUCGCCUUCACCCUCUCCACAG